AUGGAUCAUAUAUUCCUCUUUAAAAAUCAAGAAGAAUUACUUGCAUAUGUUGUAUAUCUGUUCCUUGACGAUAAUCCUGAUGUAGUCAUAGCUUUGAAAAAAUGUUAUUUUGCACAGGACAAAAGUGUGAUUUCUGAAGAAAUUGUGCUUAUUUCCUCACAUAUCCUUAGCAAAGUGGUGAUCAGAACAAUUUUAUCGAAAUUGUUAGCUGCAACACCAGAUUUAACUUACCUUGUGGUUGUAAAUUCUAUGAUGAUGGAUGCAUCAUCUGAAAAAGUACCAAAGGAAAUUAUUUAUCAUGCGCUGAUAUUGGAGAGCCGAUCGACAUGA